GGUUUAGUUAGUUGGGUUUCAUCCAAGAUACCAGCAGGUCGGGAACUGAACGCACAGAAUAACGGCAGCUACAGAAAAGUCAGAACCUGGACAGGCGGAUAUUAUCAUUAUUUUUUCAAUUCCACAAUCUAUUUUUCUUUCUCUUUCAAAACGUUUUAAAGAGGAGGGGGAGAAAUCCAGCAUAAUAAGCCCGCCACGCCCGGAGCUCUGCUAUAGGGUUUGUAAAGACUCGCUACGCAAAAGUUGUUACACAAACUUAUGUUUCCUCUUCACUAGAGAGGAACUUAACAGUUGUUCUCGCACUUCCUCAAAUUGCCUUGCUCUUGCUUCCAGGUGAAGCGUUCUCCUGGAGCAAUGACGCUGAGCUCCAUGGGGACCUGCUGCCUCAGUCCAGAGGCCAAAGAAGCUCGGAGGAUCAACGCUGAGAUUGAGAAGCAGCUCCGCAAGGACAAGAAGGAUUCCCAACGCGAGUUUAAGCUCCUACUGCUGGGUACUGGUGAAAGUGGGAAGAGUACUUUCAUCAAACAGAUGAGGAUCAUCCACGGCCGUGGAUACUCUGAGGAGGACAGGAAAGGCUUCACCGGACUGAUUUAUGAGAACAUCUUCACAGCAAUGCAGGCCAUGAUCCAAGCCAUGAGCACAUUACAGAUCUCUUAUAAGUAUAAGCACAACCAGGAAAAUGCCGUCUUGGUCAUUGGCGUUGAUGUGGAAAGUGUGAAAACAUUAACAAACCCAUACGUGGAGGCCUUGGAGAGCCUGUGGAAUGAUCCGGGAAUUCAGGAAUGCUACACUCGGCGGAGGGAAUACCAGCUCUCAGACUCGGCUAAAUACUAUCUCAGUGACUUGGCUCGAAUUGCUGAUUCUGCUUAUCUGCCAACCCAGCAAGAUAUCCUAAGGGUCAGAGUGCCUACAACAGGAAUAAUAGAGUAUCCCUUUGACCUGGAGAAUGUGGUGUUCAGGAUGGUGGAUGUGGGUGGCCAGCGUUCUGAAAGGAGAAAGUGGAUCCACUGCUUUGAGAAAGUCACGUCCAUCAUGUUCCUGGUGGCGCUCAGCGAGUACGAUCAGGUCCUCGCCGAGUCCAACCAUGAGAAUCGGAUGGAGGAGAGCAUGGCCUUGUUCGAGACAAUCAUAAAAUAUGAAUGGUUCAGCGAAUCCUCGAUCAUUCUGUUUCUCAACAAGAUGGAUCUAUUGAAGGAAAAAAUCACGUAUUCACAUUUGGUGGACUACUUCCCAGAGUUUAAGGGUCCCCAGCAGGAUGCUGAGGCAGGACAAAAGUUCAUCCUGGACAUGUUCCUCAGUCUCAAUGUGAAUGAUGAGAAAACGAUCUACCCCCACUUCACGUGCGCCACGGACACAGAGAACAUCCAAAUUGUCUUCAAGGACGUGAAGCACUACAUCAUGCACUUAAACCUGAGAGAACACAACCUGAUGUGAGCGCCUGGCGCUCCUGCUGUAAUUUAAUCGUCACAGCGCAGCCCCCCCCCCAGACUGGGAGGGCUCUGCAGCAUCUCCGUCCGCCACCGCCGCCGCUCCUGCUGUUCCUGCUGUUUCACACUUUAAUCCAAAACAGGAAAUUGAAGCGCUUCAGAGCUUGUCAUCGAAUGACUGUACAGCCGAUGCAUUUCAAAUUUUCUUGUUAGACUCUGUAAGUGGAUGUCUUCGGCUAUUACAAAGUGUGACCUGCCAAUUAAAGUGCUGGCUUUCAGCGGAGUCUAAUAUAGCGUGCACUCUGAAAUUUAUCGAGCGCUAUGUGGACAUUUUAGAGCGGUGGAAAUGCACACUGGCAGAUUAAUAGGGGGGAAACAUAUUUUACUGGCUUCGGAUGCCUCGGAGGAAUUGUGAUGUAGUAGAUCUUCCAUCAGGGAGGCUGUGGGACUGGAUGCUCUGUGAAGACCAGCAUCACUAAAGUGGUGUUUGUCUUUAGAUUUGAGUUUGAAGCUUAGAUUAGGGCUUGACUAAAAAGGAACAGGUCAGGGAGAACACGAACAACACCAUUCAUGUAAAAGAGCACAGUGCAUGUUGCUGCAUGAGCUUCAGUUAGUGAGAUCUUGAUCAGCACUUUGGAUCUGCCUGUGGUGACUUUGCUAAAGAAAACUUUUUUGGGGAGCAUCCAUGUUUUAUGUUUGGUGGGGGGAUUAAAAGGGAUAUCCAGCAUUUUGGAGUCAAUUUACUGGGUAGUAAAAAAAUCACAUUCCUUCAGGGACUGAAGUCUUUAAAGUAGUAUCAUUUCCUUAAUUUGAUUAGAUUUUGCACGUACUGUAUAAUAUGGUGAUGCUUUGGUUUGAAUUGGUUUUAUUUUGGUGAGCAUUAAAGUCAGUGUUAAAAGGUGAAAUCCUAAAGUGAAAAUUAUUUUGAUCAAAUAUAUCAAAGAGAAAGUACUUAUGUUUACACAACCGUGUUCUUCUUAACAAUAACAGUGUGAGGUAGAAUAAGAUAGUUUCCUUCUCUGUACUUUUCUUUUUGUUGUCUGGUAUUAAAUAAGACUAAACUAGUCCUGUUCAGAUAAAAUCUUUAAAUAUUGUACAGAUAACUUAAAUCAAUAUUCAUGGUUGUGUUCCCUGUGUAAAAUAUUACACUUUUUUAGUAUAGAAGGUGGUAAAGUAGUUUUAAAAAGUGUGAAUACUGUUAUAAAAUGGAGUCCUUUUGACAAAAUCUUUAAUAAAAAGAAAACUCCAACCCAUUUGAAAAAUACA